UUUAGUUUUAUCAAGGAAGAAGACAGGAGAUUGAGAGUUGAAAAGAAAGUUGGGAGUAUGGGGGAUACAGCGAAACCAUUGAUGAUGGUGGCGGUAGACAACAGCAACCAUAGCUUCUAUGCAUUAGAGUGGGCUCUUGAUAAUUUCUUUGCUAAAGUUGGUUCCAAUCAUCUCUUCAGGCUCAUUGUUAUUCAUGCUCGACCCUCUCCCAAUGCUCUUUUUGGAUUCGGAGGACCCGGAACCACCUCUACUGAUGUUAUAUCCCUGAUGGAUGCUGAUGCGAAGAAAGCAGCACAAAAGGUCAUUGAAAGGGUCAAGGACGCAUGCGGCAGGCGAUCGGUUAGUAAUGUGCCAGUACAAUCAAUGGAGGGUGAUCCUAGAGAUGUUAUCACUGAAGCCGUAGAUAAACACCAUGCAGAUAUUUUGGUCCUUGGAAGCCACGGCUAUGGCGCUGUCAAAAGGGCUGUUCUGGGCAGCGUAAGUGACUACUGUGCUCACCAUUGUAGCUGCUCAAUAAUGAUUGUGAAAAAGCCCAAGUCCUAAGCCGAAGCCACUCUGUUUUCGUUUUAAUAAUGGCUUACUAUUUCAUUUCAAAUUCAAUUCAAUGUUACUUAGCUCCGUUUUACGUUCCGGGGAUGGAUCGUUCAGUUACUGAGUUUAUAAUUUCUAGGUAAUCUGAUUAGAUGAAUAAUGAAGAUUGUUUCUGAUUUUUCC